AUGAAGCGACAAGGAAGUAUUUUACCCGGUAAAUCUCGUGUUUAUCGCCAAUGGGAUUCACAGAUGGACAAGAUAUUAAGUCGAGUGUUACUGGAUCAAAUAGUUCAAGGGAAUAAGGGUGAUGGAGACUGGAAGACGCAAGCAUACCAAGCGGUUGUGGAUCAACUUCGCACUGACUUGGCAAUCAAUGUGACUAGAGAUAAUGUCAAGAACCGACUUCGGGCAUGGAAGAAACGCUAUGCAGUGAUAGCUGAUAUUCAAAAGCGAAGCGGAUUGAGCUUUUGGGAUGAAGAUAAGAAGAUGAUCGUAGUUACAGCUGAUAAUAUGAGUGAUUGGCAAUCUUAUUGCAAUGAUCACCCUGAUGCACGUUCUUAUGCGAACACAUACAUCGAGAAUUGGGAUGAUCUAGUCUUGUUGUGUGCAAGAGAUAGAGCUGUGGGAGAUGGGGCAGAGCAUUAUUCAGAGGCUAAUGCAUCCAUGGCUGAUGAAGAUGACAUGGAGGACGUCGGAUCAGCGUCUACUUUUGGCAACUCAAGUGCACAUGGCUCAAAAUCUCAAGGGAAGAAGUCUAUUGGCGAAGUCAGUUCAGAAUCGCGAAAGAGAGCUAAGAAGGAUAGUCAAGUUGGGGAUGCAUUGUAUAUGGUAGCUAACUCAUUAAGUAGCUACUUGCAAAGUAAGAAGAAGGAAGAAGAACCCAGGUAUACAGGGAAAGAGAUCUAUGAUGUGAUAUGCGAGAUACCGGGGUUGACGCAUUUGGAGGUUGCCAAAGCCGCGAUGAAGUACCGAUCUGGUGAUCCUGAGCAGUUCAAGUUGCUGCUGGAAAUUCCAAAGGAAGAUAGAAGAAUCUUUGUUGAGUGUUUUCUUGGUGAGCCUUAG